CCUUUGACUUUUUGAUACUUACAGUGAAUUAAAAUCAUUACAUAGUCCCACUUUACUUUUCCAUUCCUUCUGUCUUUCUUCUUCAAUUUCAUACAUAACAAACACUUCGACUUCAUUUUGCAAUUUUCAAUUUGUUGCGGGUGAACAUCAACUACAAUCCACACUUCACACUUUUCGAUACUGCGCUCAUCACCCAUUCAGUUAACUGGGAGAGUCGCCAAUUACUUCAGAUAAUUUAACAUGGCUCCAGCUUCUGGUGAGGUCGAAGUGGAGAGCAUUUCUCCCUAUGGAGUUGCUCGCAGCACCGUCGACGAAAAGCCGCUUUCAGCUGAGGAGGUCAAGAAAUAUGACGCUUACUUCAGUGCUUGUAUGUAUCUAUGCCUCGGCAUGCUUUACCUUCGAGAGAAUGCCCUACUCAAGGAACCACUCAAGAAAGAACAUCUGAAGGCUCGACUUCUAGGACACUGGGGCUCAGAUGCUGGUCAAGCUUUUACAUAUCUUCAUAUGAACCGCCUCAUCAAAAAGUACGACUUGAAUGCACUAUUCGUCUCUGGUCCAGGUCAUGGAGCUCCUGCCGUACUUUCAAAUGCAUAUUUGGAGGGUACUUACUCGGAAGUUUAUCCUGAUAAGGCCGAGGAUGAGGAAGGAAUGCGAAAGUUCUUUAAGCAGUUCUCUUUUCCUGGUGGAAUUGGUAGUCAUGCUACUCCAGAAACACCGGGUAGUAUUCAUGAGGGAGGAGAGCUGGGAUACUCCAUCUCCCAUGCUUUUGGCACUGUCUUUGAUAAUCCUAACUUAAUCACAUUGACGAUGGUUGGUGAUGGUGAGGCGGAAACGGGACCUUUGGCCACAGCCUGGCAUUCAACUAAAUUCCUCAAUCCAAUUACAGAUGGUGCUGUUUUACCAGUUUUGCAUCUCAACGGUUACAAGAUCAAUAAUCCUACGAUCCUUGCUCGAAUCAGUCACAAGGAAUUGGAAUCUUUGUUCGUCGGUUAUGGAUGGAAACCAUACUUUGUAGAGGGAAGUGACCUCGAGAGUAUGCACCAAGCCAUGGCAGGAACUCUGGAACGCUGUGUCGUCGAGAUUCGUAAAUACCAGAAGGAAGCACGUGAAUCUGGCAAAGCAAUCCGACCACGCUGGCCCAUGAUUGUUCUUCGUAGUCCUAAAGGAUGGACAGGCCCAAGAAAAGUCGAUGACAAGUUACUUGAAGGUUUUUGGCGUGCACAUCAAAUCCCACUUCCAAAUGUGGCAAGUAAUCCAGAACACUUGAAAGUUUUGGAGGCUUGGAUGCACAGCUACAAGCCUGAAGAGAUUUUCGAUAAGGAAGGUAAACUACUGCCUGAGCUAAAGGAAUUGGCUCCUGUUGGUAAUGCUCGUAUGAGUGCCAACCCUGUUGGUAACGGUGGAAUCCUCAGAAAACCACUCGACAUGCCCGAUUUCCGCAAAUAUGCAUUUGAGAAUAUUGAAGCUGGUGUCAGCCUUCUUCCCAGUAUGUCUAACAUGGCCAAGCUCUUACGCGAUGUGGUUGCCAAAAACAUGCACACUUUCCGGUUAUUUGGACCCGAUGAAACCGAGUCGAAUAAACUUGGCGAGGUUUACAAAGCUGGUAAAAAGGUUUGGAUGGGUGAGCAUUUCGAAGAGGAUGCUGAUGGUGGUAAUCUUGCUACCGAAGGUCGUGUCAUGGAAAUGCUUAGUGAGCAUACUGUUGAGGGUUGGUUGGAGGGAUAUAUCUUAUCUGGUCGUCAUGGUUUACUCAACAGCUACGAACCAUUCAUUCACGUUAUUGAUUCUAUGGUUAAUCAACAUUGUAAAUGGAUCGAGAAGUGUAAUGAAGUCGAAUGGCGUGUAAAGAUGGCAUCUCUUAACAUUCUUUUGACAGCCACUGUUUGGAGACAGGUAAGCAACCAUGGUUUUUUCUCUCGGCAGCCUUGAUCUCAAUACAUAUUUUGUAAUUCUGCUGUCUCAUUCCCUUUUAAUCAUUUCCCCGAUAAUAUUUACUGAUUCUAUUUUUUUCUAGGACCACAAUGGUUUCACUCAUCAAGAUCCUGGAUUCCUCGAUGUCGUCGCCAACAAGAGUCCUGAAGUUGUACGAAUCUACCUCCCACCCGAUGGAAACUGUCUUCUCUCCUGUAUGGAUCAUUGUCUCCGCAGCACAAAUUACGUCAACGUUAUCGUCGCUGAUAAACAGGAUCAUCUCCAAUUUCUAAAUAUGGAAGAUGCACUCACUCAUUGUGAAAAAGGACUCGGAAUCUGGGACUGGGCCUCUAACGACCAAGGUUUCGAACCAGAUGUCAUCAUGGCUGCUUGUGGAGACGUACCCACCCACGAAUCCCUAGCCGCUACAGCCCUCCUUCGAGAACUCAUCCCAGAUCUAAAGAUCCGUUUCGUAAACGUCGUGGAUCUAUUCAAAUUAAUCCAUCACGGUGAUCAUCCCCACGGUAUCACAGAUAAAGAUUGGAUCUCCAUCUUCACAUCCAACAAACCCAUCAUUUUUAAUUUCCAUUCCUACCCAUGGCUCGUUCAUCGACUCACCUACAAACGUCCCGGCCAAGUCAAUAUCCACGUUCGCGGAUACAAGGAAAAAGGUAACAUUGAUACGCCGUUAGAGUUGGCCAUUAGGAAUCAAACGGAUCGGUAUAGUUUGGCGAUGGAUGCCGUGGAUAGGGUGGAGAGAUUGGGUAAUAAGGGUGCGCAUGUUAGGGAGAAAUUACUGAAUAUGCAAAUUUUGGCUAGGAGGGAUGCGUUUGAGAAUGGGAUUGAUCCGGUUCAUAUUCGGGAGUGGAGAUGGCCGUUUCAGAGGGGUGGGAAGGUUGAGCAGAUGUUGAAUUGAGGUAUUUGAUGUGCAAAUGGCUUGGGAGAGAGAGGGGGAGGAAUGAGUAAGAUUUUCAGUUUUCAAGGACGUAAAUAAGCAAUACGCUCGGAGAUGCUGGUGGCUGGAGGCUUGAAUGGUUUUAGACCUAAUAUCAUAAGAAUUCUGGCAUUUACUCACCGCGCACCACGAGUAAGAAAACGUGUUUUGUCAAUAUCGGUAAG